AACAUGUUACUCCACAUACUCACAAAUAACUCAAAAUUAAUAGGGAGCUGGAUCGUCAAAAUAAGUAAAAUAAGUGUCUCCUGUUGUGUUCACUUCGUCCUGGAUCAGUUCCGCCACAUUCAACGCGACAGGAACAGUAAUGGCGGAGAAGAAGGGGGAAAAUUGUCGUAUUUUGUAGUCAACUGGCAAGCUAACAAGCUAGCUGACGUUAGCUCCAGGCUCACAGCAGCAUCAGCACUGUAGCUGCUUUAAUACAAGAUAGGAAGAUGUACGUUCUCUACACAAUUAUCGCAUCUUUAGUUUCUUUUUUCGUUUUGAAAUGGAUGAAAAAGAGGAGGUAUUGCACGGACCUGAAAAGACUUGAUGGCAAAACAGUUCUUAUUACAGGUGGGAAUUCUGGCAUUGGCAAGGAGUCAGCUGUUGCUUUGGCAAUGAGAGGCGCCCGUGUCAUCAUCGCUUGCAGAGACCUGGACAAGGCUGAGAAGGCUGUGAGGGAGAUCAAGUUCAAAAGUCACAGCCUUAAUGUCCUUCACAUGGAGCUGGAUCUGGCCAACCUGCGCUCUGUGAGGGAAUUCUGUAAGAGCUUCCUACAGAAAGAGAAGAGGCUUGACAUCCUGAUUAAUAAUGCUGGCAUGCCCAGUGUCCUCGACUGGACGGACGACGGCUUCAGCAUGUGUUUUGGCGUCAACCACUUGGGUCACUUCCUCCUAACCAAUCUACUUCUGCCGCGCCUGAAGGAAUGCGCACCCAGCCGGGUGCUCACCCUCACAUGCUCCAGCUACAAAUACCAGAAGCUGGACUUCCAGGACCUCAACUACAACCUGCUGCCCUUCUUCACCUAUUGCCGCAGCAAGCUGGCUAACAUCUACUUCAGUCAGGAAGUGGCCCGUAUCACUGAAGGGAAAGGAGUGACGUCCUAUGCUGUGCACCCUGGUUUUGUCCAAAGUAGCUGGACGUGCCACUUCUCCAUCCUGUUCCGGAUGCUGAUGCAGGUCGUCAUGUGGAUGUUUUUUGUGCCAUGUGAGAUUGGAGCUCAGACUGUCAUCUACUGUGCCGUGUCAGAUGAAGCUGCCAAACACAGCGGGGGUUACUUCGUCGACUGUCGACCAGCUACUCUGCGUCCUUUCGCAAGAGACGCUGGUGUGGCAAAAAAACUGUGGGAGGCCAGUGAGAGACUGGUGAAACUGGCCUGAUGGUGGAAGCUGGCGGAACCGAUUAUUGAGUUAUUUAUGGUCAUGUAUGUUGUUUUUAAAUAUUUAUGUUUUUAUUCACAUUUUUGUUGUUUACCAUGCAGAUGUUAAGAUUUCUUUUUCUUCUAUGUGCUUGUGUAUUCUAAGAGGAAAUGUUUUGCACAAAUAAAAGACUUAACUGUG